UAAAAAUUUUCCCCAUAAAUAAAUCUUCUCAAAAUUGAAACCCUCCGUCACGGACGCACCACUCUUCCCCGCUCAGCAACUCCUUCCAUUUCCUCCGGCGACGGCGGCGAACUUCCGACGACUGAGGCGGCGUCGGCGGCAAACUUUCAGGUGACGGACACCGCGAACGAAAUGCGGCUAUAAUCACGAAACGCGAAACCUCUUCUUUCAUAUACUGGUCUCACUUUUCUUGGCUUUUGAUCCAAUUCCGAGUGCAGUGAGCUUCUCUUUCUCUCCCAACUUAAAUUCGCCUCUCAGCUGUGGAAGAGGAUAAAAUUAUUGCAGAAAUUAGCUUCAUUUUUUGGGUUCCAUUCAAUUUUACCCUGCUGGGUACUCAUAGGAGUUGCAAUCGGUCCUUUCAGUACAAAAAGGUGGUUGGCUUGUAGAAAAAUAAAAACAUGUUGAAACACUUCCUUGGAAUUAUGCGGAAACAUGUCGUUUGCACAUGUGAAGUAAACAGGGUCAGGCCUUAUUUCUUUGUGCCAACAAGUGACUUUCAUAAGGGAGAGGUUCAUUUUGCACCCAGAAGUUUCUUUGGCGUAGAGGACUUCUUAGAUGAUGAUAAUAGUAGGCCAUAUACAUACCAAAAGGGGAAGAAGUCCAAAAAUCCAAAAAAGCACAUAUCAUUUAAGCAACGGACAGUCGCCUACAUGGAGCCAUUUACACUUGACGUGUUCAUCUCAAAGCGAUUUGUUUCGGCAUCACUUACGCACAGGGUGACUUGCAAGCAGGUUGCAGUUGCAGGUACUAACUCGAAAGACAUUAAAGCUGUUCUUAAAUCUCGUUCAGACAUACCUGCUUGUUUGGCUGUUGGUAGUAUUUUAGCUGAGAGGGCUAGAGAAGCUGAUGUUUAUACCGCUAGUUAUACACCUCGAGAAAGGGACAAAUUUGAAGGGAAAAUAAGAGCUGUGGUUCAGUCUCUCAUUGAUAAUGGGAUAGAUGUGAAAAUUUAUCUGGAGUGAGACCACAGAUAUUGUUUUUGAAGUAACACUUUUGGAUCCUUGAUUAAUAGCCUUCUGAACCUUCUAUUAGAUGUUAUAAUAUCAGGGUAACUUUUCACAUGUUUUUUUUCCCUUGAAUUGAAGUUCUUAUGAGAGACUGAGAAAGCUCUGUUUUCAA